UUUUUUUUUGUUUUACCGGUAUUGUUUAUUCUAUUUGGAUCAUUUGAAAAAAGAGAGAUUUUAUUGCCUUCAGGAUGUCAGGAUUAGAAAAAACUUCUAACAACUUCUUUGUUAGAAACCAAACUCUCAUUGCCGUGACUGCAUUGGCAGGUGUUUCUGCAGUGGGUGCAUACUACUAUUAUGCACAGCAACAAAGAGGCUUGAGUGGAGAUUCUAGUGACGCCACUGGAUCUAGUGAUGGAUCAAGUAAGAAAAAGAAGAAGAGUAAGAAGAAUAAGAAGAAGUCAGCUGGUGAAUCAGGCGAAGAUGCUAGUAAUGAAGGAGCAGCUGCUUCAAGUAGUGAAAAAUUAUAUCCAAUUGGCGAAGAUGGAUUACCAAAUAUUGGUGAUGAAAUUGUUGAAAAAUUAUCCGAUAAAGAAAAAGAAAGUUGGGCUAAUGCUUUAAAAGAAGAUGGUAAUACUGAAUUUAAGGCUAAGAAAUAUAAUGAAGCCAUUGCUUAUUAUACUGCUGCUCUUAAAAUUAAGGUUGAUCCAGUUUUUUAUUCAAAUAGAUCUGCUUGUUAUGCUGCUUUAGAUGAUCAUGAAAAAGUUAUUGAAGAUACCACUGCAGCAAUUAAUAUAAAACGUGAUUACACUAAAUGUCUUUUACGUCGUGCAACCUCUUAUGAAAAAUUAGAAAAAUAUGGUGAAGCAAUGUUUGAUUUAACUGCUGUUACCAUUGAUGGUGGUUUCAAUAAUAAAUCAGUUGAAAGUAUUUUAGAACGUGUUUUGAAGAAAAAAUCAAUUAAUAUCGUUGAAAAAAUGAUGGAUGGUAGUUCUUUCGAUUUACCUUCUGCUUCUACUAUUGGUUCUUUCUUUGGUGCUUUCACUCCUGAUACUAAUCCUCAUGGUAUUUCCGAAGAAAGUACUGGUGCUGAUAAAUUCUUAUUUGAUGCUAUUGCUCAAAUCAACUUGAACACUCCAGAAGGUUAUGAUAAUGCUGAUUCCUUGAUUAAUCAAGCUGUUGAAGCUUACGAUAUUACCAACUUAGAUCCUGUAUCCGAAACUGCUGCUAAAGCUUCUAUUGCUUUAGAAUAUGCCUCUGCUUUCAAAUUCUUGAGAAAUGACCCAACCGCUGCUACCAUUGAAAUUGAAAAAGCUAUUGCUUUAAAACCAAGAGCUAGAACUUAUGUUUAUAGAGCUUUGGUUAACGCCGAUAAAGCUUCUUUCACUCAAGCUCUUGCUGAUUUCGAAGAAGCUAAAAGACUCGAACCAAACUCUGCUGAUGCUUAUUAUCAAUUAGGUCAAUUACAUUAUAUGUCUAAUGAAUUACAAAAAUCUGAAGAAAAUUUCAAAAAGGCUACCGAAUUAAAUCCAGAAAAUGUUUAUGCUUAUGUUCAAUUGGCUUGUAUUGCUUAUAAAUUAGGUAACCAUGAAGAUGCUGAAGCUAAAUUUAAAUCUUGUAAAUCUAAAUUCCCAACUUCUCCUGAAGUUCCUAAUUAUUAUGGUGAAAUCUUAACUGAUAAAGGUCAAUUGGAUCUUGCUUGUAAACAAUUUGAUACCGCUUCUAGAUUACAAGCUGCUUUACCUGUCUUCUCUGUUGGUGCCUUACCUUUAAUCAAUAAAGCUUAUGCUCUUUCUAAAGGCGGUGAAAGAUCCCCAGAAGCUGAACAAUUAUUAAUUGAAGCCUGCCAAUUAGAUCCAAAAUCAGAAUUUGCUAGAACCACCUUGGCACAAAUUAAAUUACAAAAUGAAGAUGUUGAUGAAGCAAUCAAAUUAUUCGAAGAAUCUGCCCAAUUAGCUAGAACUUUCGAAGAAAAAGUUCAAGCUACCUCUUUUGCUGAAGCCACCAAAAUGCAAAAAAAGAUUAGAGCUGAUCCUUACUUAUCGGAGAAAAUCAACGAAUUGUUAAGAAGUCAAUUUGCUUAAAAAAGUAACUGAUUUCUCAUAAUAAAACAAAAAAGAUGUAAGAAUAUUCAAACUUUGAAAUGCUUGAUUGGUUAUUUAUUUCAUUCCAUUUCUGUCUUUUUCUUCUUUCAAACUAAUCAGUUCUGUUUAUUCUGCUAUCCUUACCCUCAUCUCUUUUUCUCUCUAAUGAUGUUUCC